AUGGCUCAUCCAACGACGAAUAAUCGGCGAAAUAAUUCGGAAACGAACGACGAGGGGGCGGGUCCUGUCCAGGAUUCCGCCGCGAUCAUCACCGUUGGGGAGCUCCAUCGCGCCGUGGAAGGGGGGGGGCAGUGGCUGCGUGGGUUCUUCUACCUCGACUGCGAGGAAUCCCCUCCGGAGGUGGGCGACGACCCCCCUUCCCUUUUGAAUUCCAUUUCCUUCGCCGCGGAUAAUCCCCCGCCUUCGGCGUCUUUUUUAAGCAUCGAGGCGGGACAGCGGCGGUUUCGCGUCGGCUGCGAUGCCGCCUCGUCCACGACGCUCCACGACGCGGUCGUUCAACGGAUCGCCGGGGGGCGAAAAGGAGAAGAAAACGACGAAAAAGGAAACGGAAAGGCAGGGGAGUUCGCGAUCGUGGAGCCGUUGAGUGGGGCCUCCAUCCUCCCCUGCGAGCGCGCGGCGACGAUCGCGCGAAUCACCGAACGGCUGCGAAUCCUCGACGCCGCGGCGGGGGUGGGGGAUCCCUUCGCUUCCCCGACCUUUCGCGAAGCCAAAGGGGAUGCGAUCGAAUCCGCCACGGCCGUGGCGCCUCCAACCCCCACGCAACGUCUUUUAAACCCCCCACCUCCCUCCUCGCGGGAUUUCUUUUUUGGUGGAUUUUCACCCGAUAACGACGGGGGAUGGGGAGGGGGUGAAGACGCCGCGUGGUCGGCGAUUCACACGCACAUCUCCGCCCCGAUGACGGCGUUUUCCUACGACGGGAGUGGGGGGAUGGGGUCGAGUGCGAUUCUUCAGGGGUUGGCGGGUUCGUCGGGCUCGGAAACGCCCAUCUCGUGGGAGGUCGAAAGCGAUUCUUCCGACGAUGAAAUCAACGAAGAGAGCCUCACGCCUUCUUCGACCUCUCCUUUAGAAGAGAAGCCCCUUUCGGGGGAUCACCCCACGCCCGUAUCCACGCGAUUGGCGGUAUCGACGCCGGAUCACCCCAGGAAAGGAUCUGAUACGACGAAAAAAGGUUCCUCGUCUUCUGCUUCUGCUUCUGCUUCUGUUUCCUCUUCCCCUUUGCGGUUUCGUUUGCCUCCCAAAUUCGAUGAGUGGCCGGAGAGCGAACCACGCGAUCCCAUCCACGAGUUCGAACCCCUCCGCGAUGGGGAGGCGACGAAUCAGACGUGGCGGCUGUCGCCCGCCGCGAGUGCGGAGCGGCCGCCGGAGGGCGCGAAACUUCGCGAGCGCCUCCUCGCCGCGGCCGACGUCGCCCCCACGCAGGCGAUUCGAAACGAAACGCGGCAAAAACGCCCGCGAAGUCCCCUCGCGAGCGCGGAAUCCCCUCCGUUGAAGGAAUCGGCAAACGAUCCCCGCGGCUCCCCUCCUGCCAUGGCGCUUCAGACAUCCCCAACCCUCGUGAAUCGCGCGGCGAGGGAUCCGCCGCGGACGACGACCCCGAUUUCCUUCACCCCUGGGGAUUUCCCUGCCUCCUCGAUCGGAUCCUCUGAGUUUUUUUUCCACGCCGAUCCGAGCUCGUUCUCGCGUUCGCCGGUGGGGUUUUGUUAUCCGGUGGAGGUGCGGGCUACCCCGCGCGAUGCUUCCGCGGCGGCGUUCACGCCAAACGCGAGGGGUUUCGAGGAUCCCGCGGAGGGGGGAGGGGGAGGAGGGGGGCAUCGCGCGCCAGUGAUCGUCGUUACGCAGCAGCCGAUGCCGGAUUACGUUUACCGCUCCGACGACUCGAUCGGGGAGGAAAACCCCGCCGAGGAGGAGGAUAACGCGGAAAGUAGCCUGACAUGGGGAGAAGUCCCUUGA